AUUUCCAAGAGAAAAAUGUACCAAUUAAAGCUUGAAAUCAUUAUGGAAACUAAAAUAUUUGUUCUGAUAGGAAUACUAGGGCUGCUUGCAGUUGGCUCAUUGGAGCCUACUGAGUCUAAAGAGAGUCCCAGUACUCCAAUUAUUCAUUUUGAUAGCAGUUAUUUCCCAGAUAAUUUUGUCUGGGGAGUUGCUACAUCUGCUUAUCAGACUGAAGGUGCAGCAAACAAAAGUGGUAGAGGACCUAGUACAUGGGAUACAUUUGCACACGAGUUUCCAGAAAGGAUCGAUGAUCGGAGCAAUGGCGAUGUUGCGGUCAACUAUUAUAACUACUACAAGGAAGAUCUAGCAAGAAUGAACAAGCAAGUGGGAGUAAAUGCUUUUAGAUUCUCUAUUUCAUGGACAAGAAUAAUACCUAGUGGCAGAAUUAGAGAAGGAAUCAACGAAGAAGGGAUUGAGUUCUAUAAUAGUGUUAUCAAUGAAUCGAUAGCCAAUGGCUUGACACCUUUUGUGACUCUCUUUCAUUGGGAUGUUCCUCAAGCUCUCGAAGAUAAAUAUGGUGGUUUCAGAAGUCAUAAUAUAAUAACCGACUUUGACAAUUAUGCAAGACUUUGCUAUGAAAGAUUUGGAGAUCGAGUUAAGAACUGGAUAACUAUUAAUGAGCCGUAUGUUUUUACUGUUCAUGGCUAUGAACUUGGCGGUUUAGCCCCAGGCCGAUGCUCGUCUUGGGUCAAUAGGGCAUGCCAAGCAGGAGACUCAGGAACCGAACCUUAUACAGUAGGCCAUCAUGUGCUCCUUGCUCAUGCAGCGGCUUACCGAACAUAUAAGGCCAUGGGUCAAGAUGGCGAGAUUGGAAUAACACUAGAUGUAACCUGGCCUGAACCUUACGACUUCAAUAACGUAGCUGAUCGUGCAGCAGCUCAAAGGAAUCUUGAUUUCUCUUUUGGUUGGUUCAUGGAUCCUUUAGUCUAUGGUUGCUAUCCGAGAGUAAUGCGCGAAAUGGUCACCGGAAAUAGAUUGCCUCAUUUCGACAGUAAAGAUGUUCUUAUGUUGAAGGAUUCAUAUGAUUUCAUCGGCAUUAACUACUACACAGCAAAUUAUGCUGCUCCCAAUACUUCAGCUCCUUCUGAUCCAUCUCAUUUUAGAUAUGCAACUGAUAGUCAUGUUAAUUUGACAAAGUACAGAGAGGGUAAACCCAUUGGCGAACAAGCUUCCCCAGCUUGGUUGUAUGUGUUCCCAGAAGGAAUUCGAUAUGUUUUAAAUUAUACCAAAGAUACAUACAGGAAUCCAAUUCUUUACAUUACUGAAAAUGGAGUUGGUGAUGAUAAAAAUCUCACCCCUGAAGAAACCGUCAAAGAUAUAUGGAGGGUAAAAUAUUUUAACAGCCAUCUCUGGAAUGUACUUAGAUCCAUUUGUGAUCACGGUGUUAAUGUGAAAGGCUACUUUGCUUGGUCAUAUAUCGACAACUUCGAGUGGUCGAAUGGGUAUACUAUCAGAAUGGGUUUGUAUGGUGUCGACAGGGAAAAAAGCCUAGCAAGAUUUCCAAAGGAUUCAGUUGCUUGGUGGAAGGAGUUUCUGAGUAAAAAAGAUUCCACUGGUGGACCGAAAUGCAGCGUAUGGCCUAGAAAAGAAGGAAAACCUGCUGAUAAUUAUGACGAUGAGCUGUGAUAAUGCUCUUAUUUCAAGUGUAUUUACCUAAUGGAAUAGUCUUUGGACACCAUUUUGGGGGAAUUUUUCUAUGUUUUUGAAAUAAUCAAUCGCUAUUGGAAAUAAAUCUAAUGAACCUUCUUUGAGGUUUAAAUUGGUUUA